AUGCGUAGAUUAUUAACCGUUGAAGUGGAUAUGCAAGCACCACCACCACAUAAUACAUUGCUCCUCAGUCCUGGUAAGGGUCCACAUAAAAAAGUCGCAUCGGGGCAAAAGCCAGGAAAGUCCGGUAAACCCAAAUCGAAGGUUGGUGCACAAGGGUCGUUACCGCAAUGCCCAAAGAAUGGUGCACAAAGUGAACAGAAGGAAAAGACGCCAAAACGAACUGAAGUGAAGAGUGUAACGGAUAAGCACACACCAGAGCAGAAUAAUGCACGGCCCGUUAAUCCUAUUGGAGGCCCACUGAAAACAACUGCGCAGCGUGGGAAGUGCGCAAAACCAGAUUCUAAG